ACAUGGUAACUUUGCAUUCAUUUAUUUUUGUUGAACUUUGUUACUUUGUAGUGUCUGUCUUUUCAUUCUUGUCCAAAAAUUGGUGAAAUUUGUCGCUGACAGUGUACUGUUAGUUGAAAUGUAUGCUUCGGUUGGGAUGUGACAGCUGGUACUGCAUUUUCGGACACUACGAUUUAACUUUUCGUGUUUCACGCCAAUAUGUCCUGGCGAGCUCCCUUCCCCUCGACACCUCAGUAUCCCGGAGCAUCUUCCUCGGGAACUCCUUACUAUAAUCCUCGCCCUCCGUUUCCAGCUAAUGCGUCUUCGAGCGGAUAUCCCCCAACUGCACAAUCUGCGCCGUUAGCGCCGACGGUACCCAGUACUGCACCCCCGCCAGAUGCAGCUAAAGAAUAUGCUAUCGACGAACCGACCCUCCGAACCUUUCGUGUGUCACGCACAUUUUCCGAAAAUUCCCGCCCGGUUAACCAUUUGGAUUUCUCCCCUUCGGGAGAGCAUCUUCUUACAUCCGCUGAUGAUGAUGUUAUUGUGCAGUACGACUGCGGGAAAGGAAGUGUUCAAAGGAUAAUUAACAGUAAAAAGUAUGGGGCGGAUAACAUUAUGUAUUCCCAUUCUCCGUCGGCCGCGCUGCAUUCCUGCACCAAAGUGGACCACAGUAUUCGUUACCUGAACUUGCCAGAAAAUAAAUAUAUUACAGCGUUUACAGGGCACACAAACAAGGUUGUUCAGUUGGCAUUGUCGCCUGUCGAUGACAAAUUUAUAUCAUCCAGCAUGGAUCGCACCAUUCGGAUCUGGGAUCACCGUGUGGGCUGCGCCGGUGUAUUGCAGAAUCUCAGUGCUUCUCCCAUUGUAGCAUUUGAUCCAGAAGGUCUGGUCUUUGCUGCCGGAGCCUCUGUGGAGCAUGAGCAGCGUGUGAUGCUGUACGAUAUGCGCAACUAUCACGAAGGACCUUUCAAUAUAUUCCGAUACCCGGAGGACAGAGACUGUGAUUGGAGCAUAAUGAAGAUCAGUCCCAACGGACGCUACAUGUUAAUUUGCACAAACGGUCUCAAUGUGUACGUUAUGGAUUCGUUCACGGGAGUUUGUCUGCUUAUUCUCAAGGGUCAUACAAAUCGCGGCUUAAAUUUGGAAGCAUCUUUCACGCCGGACAGCAAAUACGUUAUAAUAGGAUCGAGUGACGGAAAAAUUCAUAUUUGGAGCCUGAGAACAGGACGUUCAGUGGGAAUACUGCAACACAAGCAGAAAGAACCAGUUGUCCGGGUCCAGUUUGCUCCUUCGAAUAUGCUCAUAGCUAGUGCUUAUUCAAAGCUGUCGUUGUGGCUGCCCUUUACGUAGCGCUGUUGCAAAAGAAAGUUCCGUAAUGUGAUAUCAGUAAUGGUGAUUUCUUCUCACUUCUAUCGCUUGUCAACCAUUUUUGUAAGAAUGGAAAAUUCUUGUUUGCAUUCAGUUUCUCUGUGUAGGACACGGGAUCUACGGACAAGAAUUAUCGAAAAUGAUAAAUCUGUCAAGAUACUGAUUUGAUUUAUGCUGUGUUGUUAUUUAUCUCGUAU